UAAAACAAUCACUUUGUCGACAUAAUACUAUUAUUUUAGUAUUUUUGUGAAUUGAAUAGCUGUUUCAGUAAAACGUAUGAAAUAAGUUAGUAAGAAUAUAAAUCACUAAACAUUAUGGCAUAUUUCAAAGGUUGGCGGUACGCUGCCUUUAUCGGCGGUUUUGUGGGAAUGAUUGGACUGACUCUGUACCCAAUUGCAUUUAGCCCAAUGAUGGACGCUAGCGAAUAUAAAAGCAUUCAAAAGGAAGGUAGAAAGAAUAUCAAAAUUGAAGACAUUCAACCUGGAAAUAUGAAAGUGUGGAGUGAUCCCUUUGACCGUAAGAAACGCCAGAGCGAGUGAAGAUUAUGUUAUGUAAAUAGUGUAAUUACUAAUUAUUUUGAUGUUAAUGUUGUUGUAUUAAAGUUUAGUUAAUUAUUAAA